GGGUCUUCCGGCGGAGAGCGCUGAACGGGGAGGCCGGCCAUGGUGCUGCUGGAGAGCGAGCAGUUCCUGACGGAGCUAACCAGGCUCUUCCAGAAGUGCCGCUUGUCGGGCAGCGUAUUCAUCACCCUGAAGAAGUACGAUGGUCGCACCAAGCCCAUCCCGAGAAAGGGGUCCGUAGAGGGGUUUGAGCCCUCCGACAACAAGUGUCUGUUAAGAGCCACUGACGGCAAGAGGAAGAUCAGCACCGUGGUGAGCUCCAAAGAAGUGAAUAAGUUUCAGAUGGCUUACUCAAACCUAUUGAGAGCUAACAUGGAUGGUCUGAAGAAGAGGGACAAAAAGAGCAAGAGUAAGAAGAGCAAAGCAGCACAGUGAGGGUCAUGGGAGCUCCUGCUUCCCCCAGCCACAGAGUUGCUAUUUUUUCCUUCCUUUUUUUUUUUAAACUUUUCACCACAUAGUUAGAUAUUUGGUUCCCCUACAAUAACUGUUCUCAUGUGAGAUUGCAUCAUUUUGGAUGGAAAAACAACCAUAUUCACGGGGUAGUUGUAAGAACCCAGUUUAUUUUAGGUUGCCAACUGGCCUGUGCUCCAUGGUUGUAAAUGUCUGAAUUAUAGUGUAAGGUCUCUCAGACCAUGUGUAUGAACAGCAGUGUAUCAUUAAACCUGUAUAUUUAUCAGCA